AUGCAUAUGCGCCUGGAGUCAUUCGUACUCCUUUGGGUAAGUCAUUACGGAAAAAUUGAACUUGCGUCCUUUGACGUACAACUCUCGCAAGCCAGGGAAGUUGGCGAGAAUAAUCCUAAGUUAAGAGAGGCCUUGGCCGCUAUGCCGAAUGCAGAACCUGAGGUCAUUGCCAGUAUAGUUUCUUAUCUGGCUAAACCGGAAUCGUAUUUCGUGAAUGGGCAAAGUGUUUCUGUCAAUGGAGGCGGCUACUUUGAUUGA